CAGCCCACAAGCUUUCCAAGCCAAAUGCUGCUGGUGGAGCUAAAACCAUCUCAUACAGCUGAAACACUCUGCUCUUAAAGCUGGAAGACCAGAAGCUGAGAAACAUGACAAGCAGAUUUUUUGCUUGUGUGCUGGCUUUACUGCACUUCUGUCGUUGCUCUGACUCCUAUGAACCACCAGCACUGCCUGAUGUUGGAGAUCCAAAGUUUAUUGAAGAAUGUGUGCAAACCCAUAACAGAUUCCGGUCUGGAGUGAACCCACCAGCCAGCAACAUGCUCUACAUGAGUUGGGAUCCAGAUUUGGCAAAGACCGCAAAAGCUUGGGCAAAGAAAUGCCUGUUUAAACAUAAUACGUACCUCAGAGAUCCAGGGCAGGCUCACCCCAAAUUUACCCCUGUUGGAGAAAACCUCUGGACUGGCUCACAUUCUCUUUUUACUGUGCAAGGAGCCAUCACCUCUUGGUAUAACGAGGUCAGCGCCUACAAUUACAACACCAAUAACUGCAGAGGACAAUGCAGCCACUAUACGCAGAUCGUUUGGGCUACAAGCUACAAGGUUGGCUGUGCUGUCCAUUUCUGUCCCAGGGUGGCGUACUACCCCAUAAGCAACGCAGCACACUUCAUCUGCAACUACGGGCCGGCUGGGAACUACCCAGAGCACCCAUACAAGAUGGGAGCAGCGUGCAGCGACUGCAACGGCGAGCAGUGUGCCAGCCAGCUGUGUCAAAAUGCAGAGCGUGACAAAGUCAUUAGUGAUUCCACAUGGUAUCCAGACUGGGACAGACCUGCAUGUGACGAGUACUGCAUCACCGUUAUCGCUUUAAGGCCAUUACUCCUUGUACUUACAAUUCUGGCCACCUGGGUCCUACCAAAAUACCGGUCUAUAGCACCCGCCAGUGAGUGACACACAUGCAUAAGACCAUGAGAGCACUUAGGCCAACUCACCCCUUCCCUGCACGUGAGCUACUGGCAGCACAAAGAUCAGUAGAGACAUUGUUUGCACCCACAGGUGAUUCAGAAGUACAGAAAUACCAUCUUCAUUGCAGGCAGCAGCUCGGAGAGCUGCUAAGCAGCCUUCUCAUUGCUCAGGACCAGUAACUGGUUCUAAGUUACCCAUGUUAUUUUUUCCAAAGUGGAGCAGUGUGAGCAGGAUCUGGCGGGUAAGGGAGCACGCUGCCCAGGCAGCGCACUGAGGCGCAGGCAGCUGCCUGCCACACUUUCUUAGGAAGGGCCGGAGGGUGCCCAGCCCAGAAGCCUGGCCCCAGCCCUGGCCAAAGCCCCAGGCAGAGCUUGCACCUCUCUUGCUCCUACUGCGCUCUUUCCUUGGACAGUUCUCCAGCAAGCUGCAGAGUAGCCUGGAGAGGUUUUUCAUUUAGAUGUUUUUCUAAUAACUUUUGGACCAUGUGAGCUCUGGCAUUUUCAUCCUGGGACAGGCAGUGCACUUCUGAGUCCCACAGUGCACUGGGGCCACUGGUACUUCUCUUUGCUUAGAAUUUGGUUUUAAACACAUGUCAUCUGAGCCAAGACAUGAUUACGUAUCACCACAAUCUUUCCUGUUUUUUUUUUCUUUUUCCUCUUUUCUGAGCACAGGCGUUUGACUGCUAUUUCAAACAAUAAAUCAUUAUGUCCUGCUUCCCACGUAUGGCAGUUGUGUAUUUGCAAUGUGACCUAAAGCUUAACUGCUGGUGCACAAAAAAACCCACAUUCAGCUCCAACCUGCACGAUGCGGAGAAACACAAUGCUGGGAAUGAUGGCAUAAAACUCCAAAUAAAAUCAUGCUGUGCCUGUAAGUUAUGCCUUUGGUUCAACAGCUGCCAAGGGAUGAGUCUCCUGGAA